AUGCAGCUGUUCCCUCUUCUAUCGUUAGCGUUAUCUUUGGCCUAUUCUCAGGCUGUUUUGGGUUCUUCCUCAGACUCUUACGUCAGGUUUCCCGUUCAAAAGCUAGCAAAUGUCCCAGGAAUGGGCUCGCAAGAUGUAUCUAACGUUUUCAAAAGAGAUGACGUCCUGAAUUCGACUUUGAUUAAUGCCGUAGGAAUGUACGUCGUCAAGGUGGAAAUCGGAACCCCUCCCCAAACCGCGUACCUUCAGUUAGACACUGGCUCUUCUGAUAUGUAUGUAAAUGAUGCUGAUAGUCCAUAUUGCGUAUUGAUGUCUUACGGGUCAGGCUACAGUUCGACUAGUAAAUUGCAGUUUCAGUGA